CCUGUCUGUGUUUGUGCGUUUCGCUGUCUGUGCUCCUCUAUGUCUGUGUCUGCACCUGGCUGUCUCUGAUUUGACGCUUAAGUAAAGAGGACUUGGCGAGUAUGUUCAAGGCGUCUCGGGCAGACAUAAGCAUAUUCCUCCUGGAUGGAAGUGUGAUCAUUUCUGUUUAUGGUGAGCAUGUCGAUGCUUGGCUCCACCCCCAGCGGCACGGAGGCGUGCCUCAGCAUCAUCCACAGUCUGAUGGUUCACCGGCAGGGAGGGGAGAACGAGGGCUUCGCCAAACGAGCCAUCGAGAGCUUAGUGAAGAAGCUGAAGGAGAAGAAAGAGGAGCUGGACUCCCUCAUCACCGCCGUCACCUCCAACGGCCUCCAGCCCAGCAAGUGUGUCACCAUCCAGAGGACGCUGGACGGCCGGCUGCAGGUAGCAGGCAGGAAGGGCUUCCCUCACGUCAUCUACGCCCGGCUGUGGCGUUGGCCCGACCUCCACAAGAACGAACUGAAGCAUGCCACGUUCUGUCAGUUCGCCUUCGACCUCAAAUACGACAGCGUGUGUGUCAAUCCGUACCACUACGAGAGGGUGACGCCCCCUGCUGGCAGCACAGGUCCUCACUUGAUGAUUAAAGACGAGUUGCUGCAGGACUGCCAGCAUGUUGACCCGCCUGCCCACUCUGACCCCUGCAGUCAGCCCCGCCUCCUCACCAUGUACAGCAACAUGCCUCUGUCUCCUGGAGCCAGUAGCUCCAUGGCUGUCGGCGGAGUGGGCGGAGCUUCAGAGGGAUUCCACCACAACCACAACCACAGGGCCCGAGCCUCACCCCCUUACCCCACCACGCCCACCUCCCCUCAUCAGCACAGUUCCGAGUACCUUGGAAGCCCCAAACCAGUCACCUGGACAGGUAACAGCCCCGCCCCCUACAGCUCUGCAGGACCUCAGCAUCAUGGGCGGAGUCACCAGCAGCCACCAGGUCAACAUCAUCACCACCACGACCCAAAUACUCACUUCUGGUCGCAGCAUCACAGCGUGGCCCCGUACCCACAACCGGUGUCCAACCACCCAGGCCCAGAGUUCUGGUGCUCCAUUUCAUACUUUGAGCUGGACGUUCAGGUCGGCGAGAUGUUUAAAGUGCAGUCCAGCUGUCCCGUGGUGACGGUGGACGGGUACGUGGACCCUUCUGGAGGAGACCGUUUCUGUCUGGGACAGCUGAGUAAUGUCCAUCGCACGGCCCCCAGCCAUCGUGCCAGGCUUCACAUCGGUCGAGGGGUCCAGCUGGAGUGCCGGGGGGACGGUGACGUUUGGAUGCGUUGCCUUAGCGAUCACGCAGUAUUUGUCCAGAGUUUAUACCUGGACCGGGAGGCGGGCCGAGCACCCGGGGAUGGAGUUCACAAGAUUUACCCUGGAGCGUGCAUCAAGGUGUUUGACCUGCGGCAGUGUCACAGACAGAUGCAGCAGCAGGCAGCUGCGGUCGUCGGUUUGAUUCCAGGUUCCCACAGUGCGGGUGCGGCCACCCCUGCUGACAGCGCGUGCGCGGCCAGUCUGAGCGUGGACGACCUGCGCCGGCUGUGCAUAGUGCGGCUCAGCUUCGUCAAAGGCUGGGGCUGCGAUUACCCCAGACAGAGCAUCAAGGACACCCCCUGCUGGCUGGAGGUGCACCUGCACCGUGCACUGCAGCUGCUGGACCAGGUGCUGCACACACUGCCUCCAAGGGAACACACACACUGACACUGAGGGAACACACACACUCAGACUAUCACACACAUGGGCCAUCGUUAUCAAGCUUUAGACAAUCAACCAAUCACAGCAGUUCUUGUCAUUUGCGGUUUCCAUGGAUACUCGCAUGAAGUUGCUGAAGAGUCAGUUAUUUCAAACAAUGUUUACGCGUUUUGCUUUUUUUUUUUUAAAGGUAUUUACCAAAGAGUCGUUUUUAUUCUAUAACAUCACAGCUUGUCAUAUUUAUUUAUCUUUUUUGUAUUUUUUUAAACACAAUUUUCAUGAAGUCUGUGUUCUGAAAUGAUCAAUAAAAUGUAAGAUUUCCAAAGAAAAUGAACAUUUAUGAGGAAAUGAAGUUAUGAAAAUAAGAAUCCUGGUGUAUAAGAUUUUUGUUGGCUGCAGCACACUUUCAUCUCUGGUCCUAAAGAGAACAUUGAAAUAUUCACUCACAGUUUUCUGUUUGUGGUUUUUCUUUGAUUUGUUGAAAAUUUUGACAGGUAGUCCAUGCAAUUGAAUCUUUGGUUUUUAAAUUGUUCCAGUUAACAGUGAAGCAGUGACUCGUUGAAAAAAGUAUCAACCAUUUUUAAAUUCUUUAUCAACAGUUUUUACAAUGUUUCAUCAACUUCAAUCAUUCCUGUGAUGUAAAUGAUGUUUUACGGGUUUUAAAUAAAGACUUUUAGCUCCCUUAAAGCUGUUUUUAUUUCAUCCAAUACCAGUAAAAUGAUGAAUUUUUCCAAGUAUUUGGAGAGGAUUGUGUUUUAACAUGCUCUCCAGCUGUUGAUAGUCUGUGUUUGGUUUGAAAUGUACCAGUGUAGAUGAAUUGGUC